AUGUCGACCGGUGAUCCCGAGGGUCCAGCUGGCGAGUUCAGCGUCCGUAAGGAUGCGGCUGGCGCAGCCGCAAAGCCGCGAUCCGUGCCGUUCAAUCGCAACAAUAACCUGCUCGAGGCGAAGUCCGACUCGGAGCUGUCGCAGGUGCUGGUCGAAGCGAAGAAGACCAAACGGCCAGUCGUUGUGACGUAUGGCGCCAGCUGGUGCCAUGCGUGCAGCAAGAUGCUUCCCACCUUUUUCAACCUGAGCAACGAGUACUCACGGCCCAUCUUUGUGUAUGCUGAUGUGGAUAAAUGCACUCAGAUGGCGGAGGACGUUCGCUACACCCCCACCUUCCGCUUUUUCCGUGAGGGCAGUAAAGUGGACGAGUUCUAUGGUGCAGGUCCGCAGAGGCUCCGGGAUAGAAGACGGUUCACCGCCUUUGCCACGUCGUCCGGCUCGACAUCCACGUCAGAAGCCGAGCAGAAGCAACAACAAGAAGCCACGUCAGACGCCAAGAAACCCGCGUUCGAGGACGUGCCGGAAGUAAUCGACGAAGACGUCGGCGAGGUCGAGAAGAUUUUGGGAAGCCGCGUGGCGGAGGACGGCGUGACGCAGUACCUGAUCGAGUGGAAGGAUGACCACCCCGACAGCUGGGAGCCGCGCGAGAACGUCGCGGCGGACCUCGUGGCGCAGUUCGAGGAGCCGUGGUGGACUGCGGUGCGGCGCGGCGACGACGCGAAGAUCGAGGAGCUGCUGGCGGAGGGGCGCGACGUGAACGCCGUCGAUGGGAAUGGGCGGUCAGGGCUGCUGUUCGCCGCGGGGCUUGGGAAUGAGAAGCUGGUUCGCAAACUACUGGAGGAGGGAGCUGACGUGGCGUGGCAGGACAAGGAGGGCUACAGCGCGCUGCAUAUAGCUGCGGGCUACGUGCACUCCACAAUAGUGCGCGCGCUGCUGGACCACGGGGCGGACCCCGAGCAGGAGGACAAGCAGCAGCGCUCGCCCCUCAUCCUCGCGGAGCAGCUGCUUAAGGCCACUCCCGCUAAUAACCCCGGUGCAUUUGCGCGGCGCCUGGCCCUUGACAACGUGGUGAAGAUGCUGGAUGAGGCGGUGUUUGAGGAAUCCGAGGUGGAUCAGAUCCUAGACAAGCGCAUAGCGGAGGACGGCACCGUUGAGUACUUAGUUAAGUGGCAGGAUGACUCGGAGGACAGCUGGGAACCGGUGGAGAACAUUGGGGAAGACUUAGUUAAGGAUUUCGAGGAGGGUUUGGAGUAUGGUGUAGCGGAGAAGAUUCUAGAGAAGCGGGUGGUGGGGGCGUCACAGGGUGGCGGGGAGGGUGUGGUGGAGUACUUAGUUAAGUGGCAGGACUCGGAUGAGAACACGUGGGAGCCGGAGGGGAACGUGGCGGCUGAUGUGAUUGCAGAGUUUGAGGGGGUGAGUGUGGAGGAGGUGGAGGCACGGCUGGGCAAGGAGGGAGAGAAGUAG